AUGAGGCACUCAUCCGGAGCCGCGAGGUUCCUCGCCGCGCUUGCCCUUCUCCUACCGGCAUCGACAUUAGCAGCAGCGGCACCGUUAGGAACGACAGCAGCAGUAGGAGCAGUUAGGGGGCUAGAGGGAGAGGAAGUAGCGGUGGGAUUUCGCGGCCGAUUAGCGGCACGCACGGUGAGGAGACUGCAGGAGGACGAAGGAUGCACGGAGAACACGUCUGUCGGUGACGCCGAAGCCGGGAUCGCGCAGUACGACGACCCGGACGCCUGCCUUAGGGACGGACCUCUUGUCGGAUGCAACGUGCUCGGGAUCUCGAGCUGCCGGUUGUGCGUGACGAACGGAGGAGAGGCGGCCGACUACCUGCCCAGCUGCCCGGAGGGGGUGGAGGAGAUCAUCGAGGAGCUCUUCCCCCAGACGAGAGACACCGACGCGCCUUCCACCGCGCCCCCCGCCACCGAGACGCCCCUGCUGGAGGGCGCCACGCCAGCGCCGGCAGACCUAGUAGCAACCCCGAUCCCUUCGGAGGUCGGGGGCACCUCGUCCCCCGCCGCGACCGGCUCGCCCGCGCAGACCGCCGCUCCCGGAGCGACCUCGGCACCGGCGAUCGCGACGACUACUGCGCCGGGAGCGACGCUGUCUCCUGAUGCUACCGCCGCUCCCGGAGCGACCUCGGCACCGGCGAUCGCGACGACUGCCGCGCCCGGAGCUACGUUGGCUCCCGGUGCUACCGCCGCUCCUGGGGCGACCACUGCUCCCGGAGCAACCGCUGCUCCCGGUGCUACCGCUGCUCCCGGAGCGACCUCUGCGCCGGCGAUCGUGACGACUGCUGCGCCGGGAGCGACGUUGGCUCCUGGUGCUACCGCCGCUCCCGGAGCGACCUCUGCGCCGGCGAUCGUGACGACUGCUGCGCCGGGAGCUACGUUGGCUCCUGGUGCUACCGCUGCUCCUGGGGCGACCACUGCUCCCGGAGCAACCGCUGCUCCCGGAGCGACCUCUGCGCCGGCGAUCGUGACGACUGCUGCGCCAGGAGCUACGUUGGCUCCCGGUGCUACCGCCGCUCCCGGAGCGACCUCUGCGCCGGCGAUCGUGACGACUGCUGCGCCAGGAGCGACGUUGGCUCCCGGUGCUACCGCCGCUCCCGGAGCGACCUCUGCGCCGGCGAUCGUGACGACUGCUGCGCCGGGAGCUACGUUGGCUCCUGGUGCUACCACGGCUCCCGGAGCGACGGCUGCGCCCGGAGCGACGUUGGCUCCUGGCACCACCGCUGCUCCCGGAGCGACCUCUGCGCCGGCGAUCGUGACGACUGCAGCGCCGGGAGCUACGCUGGCUCCCGGUGCUACCGCUGCUCCCGGAGCGACGGCUGCCCCUGCCCCCACCGUCCCCACCUUGGCUCCAGGAGCCACUUCAGCGCCUGUCGCGACCAUCGCCCCCGGAACGACGCUGUCACCGGGAGAGACGUGGGCCCCGAACCUCGUCCGCGAGCUGCCCACCCUGGCUCCCGGCGCGACCCUGGCCCCGAGCCCGACCGCGGCCCCUUCCCUGCUGGCCCCCACCGUGUCUCCGUUCGCGUUCACGGGGACCCCGACCGCCGCCCCGACGGAGAGUCCCACCGCCGUCCCGACCGGCAGCCCGACCGGCAGCCCGACCGGCAGCCCGACCGGCGCUCCCACCGGCGCUCCCACGUUCGCCCCCACGGGAAGCCCCACCGCCGUCCCGACCAGCAGCCCUACGGUCGUGCCGACGCCGGCGGCGACGGUGGUCGACGACGAGCCGGACGGGUCCCUGAUCGGGUCCAUCACCAUCAUCUCCGACGAGGAGCCAGAGUGCGAGGGCGCCGGCAACUGCGAGGAGGUCGUCGAGGACGGGCUGGAGAGCUCGCUGGGGCGGAACGGCACCGUCAACGUGACGGACGUGACGGUGACCUCCACGGCGGCUGCGGCGGACGCCGGCAGGAGGGUUCUCCUAUUCGUUGCGGACGGCGACGUCGCUGACAACAGCAGCAGGAACCGCCUGCUUCGCGGAAGCCGGCAGCUCCAGGAGGAGGAGGAGGCCGCGGGCAACCAGACCGAGACCGAGAUCGAAUACGAGUCGUCGCCGGACCAGUCUUCGAACUUGACGGAGGCACAGCAGGCCGCCGAGCAGAUCAACGCCCUGGCGGAGACCGGGAUCGCGGACCUUCUGGACGAGAUGGGCCUGCCGCCGGACACCGAGGUCGAGCUUGGGGUCACCAAGUUCGUGCAACUGGGAACGAUCACUGACGACGCCGAGGACUGGGACGGCAUCUUCAGCGCUGCGUUGGCGGACGACAGGUCUAUUUCGACCGCGGCUUACCUUGGAUUCGCGCUCGCGCUGGCCAUCCUCGUUCUCCUGGCCUGCUUGUGCCUGUGCUGCUGCAUGUUGUGCAUCAGCAAGAAGGACUCGAGGAGGAGAGACUCUGGGGUCGUUAGGCUGGAGAAGAUCGAGGAGAGCACAGCCAUUAACGAUGACGGAAACGACGAGUUCGAGCUGCCAACCAAGCGCAUGUCCGAGAUCAAGGAACAGCGGAGGGGCAGCAGCUUCAUGAACAAGAUCCCCUUCUUCGGAACGUCGUCUAAAAUGAAGGCGGGGGAGACCGACAUUGAGGCCGGUACAACCAGGAGGGUGGCAGAGGACCACAUCUUCGCGUACCCCCCGCACUCCAGCGGCGGCGACAGCGGCAAGACCCAAGACGCGGCGGACGCCAGCUUCCCGGCCCCGCUCGGCGCGCCGUCCGGCAACGACUUCUUCUACGCGACGCAGCGCUUCGCCGAUCCGCAGGUUAACUCCCCUUCCCCUCGCACCUCGACCGGCGCUCUGGCCGCCGGCGCCGCCGGUGCCGCAGCGGGGACGGCGGCGACGGCGGCGAAGGUGGCAGGUCGCCGCCGCCCCGCCACCGCCGCCCCCGCCCCCGCCCAUGCCGGAGAGGUGUCCGAGGAGUGGCCGUUGCCCAUCAGCACCACCACCGUCGGCGCAGCCGGCGCGCCCGGCGACAGCGGGCUGUCGUCGUCUACCAUCUCCGCCGUCUCCGCGGGCUCCAUGGAGACCAAGCACGACGUCGAGAGCGACGCGAGAGCGUCUUCGUUGUCGCCGGCCGGCCGCGCCGGCAGCAGCGGGGCAAUCAACAGCGGGGACGCAGCUGGUGCUACUACUGCCCCUGCCGCCGCGGCGGGUGUGACCGCGGCAGCGGUGGUGGGAGCAGGAGCGGCGGCAGGGGCGGCGGCGACAACGGAGCAGAAGAAGCGCGACGAUGUACCCCUCGAAGAUAUCGAGCAAGAACGAGCGGAGUUUGGCGCUCUCCAACAAGAGCACGAGGCUAAGAACAAGGAAAUCUCCGCCCGCGGGCGGAUGGCCCUCGCCGACUUCCUCCUGGGCACCUCGGACAUGACGAGCCCCACCAGCGCCUCCGGCCGCAUCGGCGGCGCCCUUCCCACGGUGAUGGAGGAAGGAUCUCCAAGAGGUGCGCAAGCAGCCUUCUCCGACGCCGGCACCUCCUCGCAGGUCGCGGAGGGCAGCCAGGUCGGCAGCCAGGUCUCCUCGAGCGCGGAGGGGACCGUCAUCGUCCAAGUCGAGCCCGCCGAGUCCGUAGACUCGGCCCCGAGUUCGGUCGUCGCCGAACGUCGUGGAGCACCAGCGGCGCGCGCGAUCGAGCCGCACGGCCGUCGGCGGCGGCGUCGUCGGAGCCGCGGGAGCAGGGGCGGUAGCAGCGGGCCAACAGCAGCAGCAGCAGCAACGCCGCCCGUCGUCGCGCAGGCAGCCCUCGUCGGGGUCGGCGGCGGGGUCGGCCGGGGCGGGAACCCUCGGCGCCUACGUCGACAGGGCCGACAAGGAGACGGAGGAGGAAGGCGAGCUCGAGCGCUCGCGUCGAUGGCCAGCAUGGCCACGGGCAGGAGCGUGAGCGGAAGCGCAGGCAGCAGGACCAGCGGGGAAGUGUCUUCGACGGCAGGCAGCGCCAUCGGCGGCGGCGGCGGCGGCUCGAAGAGGCGACUGUCUGGCGAGAUCGACAUGCCGACCGGCGAGCCCGAGGCCAAGAAGAUGAUGGCAAAGGCGGGCGAAGGGUCGUCGUCGUCGUCGGGGGAGCGCAGCCCCGCCACCGCCGCCGCCCCCGCCGCCUCCGCCUCUGCUCCGGCCGCCGCCGCUCCCAGCAGCAGCGGCGGCGGCGGUGGCUCCGGCCGUGGCGACAACAAGAGGCGCAUCGGCGACGGCUGGGUCCGCAUCAUCAUGGGCGGCGGCUGGGACGCCGGCGACCAGAGGAGGAGGUGCGGCGGCGGGAGUGUCUGGUGCUUCGCCGGCCGCGCAGAGGACGGCGUCGUCCAGCAGACUCGGGGGGUGCGAAGAGGACUUC